UCAAGCCCUUGGCAUUGUUUGAAUCCAAGUUUUAUUAAGUUCAAACAUAGGGUUUAUUUUCAUUGCAUCCUUUACUGAGAUUUUCACUAGGUCCUUAUGAAAAAUUAUUCAUGUUUAUGUCACAGUUUACAGAGAACUUAUAAAUCAUUGCAUUUAAGCCUCAUGCUAACAUGUUGAAAAAUACACUAUUAUCCCCAAUUUACAAAUGAAGAAAUGGAAGUCAAGACUUUUCCCAAGGCCACCAAACUGGUUAAGUGGCAAGUACUUAAGGCUCGCAAGUUCAGUGAUGUUUCUAAUAGACUUCUGCCUCUGUGUUCCCUGGACACCUCCAUUCCAGUGCAAGAUUCCCAUGGUUGAAUUCAUAGUGGGCUUCUAUGACUCUGCCUUCCUGGAGGUCCAAUACAGGACUAGCGAGUUAUUUGUGUGUGGACAGCCCAGUCCCAGAAGAUCUGAUUUUCUGACUGUGGUCACAGCAGGCCAGCAUGUGGACAAAGGGAAAGGCCUGGUGUGA